UUUUUUUUUUUUAAAAUUUGCAUAUUAAUUUUUAAAAAAAAAAAAAACCCCCCCCCCCCCCCCUCCGCACUCCCCCCCCCUUUCCUCGCAACGCCAGCCUCUGCCUCCGGGAGGGAAAUAGCCGGGUGAAAUCUCCCUCUGUUUCCAUGGACAACCCGUCCAUUAUCACCCAGGUGACUAACCCCAAAGAGGAGGAGAUCCUGUCCUGCGCUCAGGAUAAAGUGUCCCAGUGUAAUAUCAGCUUGAAGAAGCAAAGGAGUCGAAGUAUCUUUAGCACCUUAUUCUGCUGCUUUCGUGACUACAAUGUCGAACCACCAUCUACCAACAGCACCAGUGCUCUUCCUCCUUUGGUGGAGGAGAAUGGAGGACUUCAGAAGGGUGACCAGAUGCAGGUCAUGCCUAUACCAAGUCCACCAGCUAAAUACCUCCUGCCAGAACUGACAGCAUCAGACUAUGGGAAGAAGUGUGUGGUCAUUGAUUUAGACGAAACUUUAGUGCACAGUUCAUUUAAGCCAAUUAGCAAUGCUGAUUUCAUCGUUCCUGUUGAGAUUGAUGGAACCAUACAUCAGGUUUAUGUAUUGAAACGACCACAUGUGGAUGAGUUUCUUCAGAGGAUGGGAGAGCUCUUUGAAUGUGUACUCUUCACAGCCAGUCUAGCAAAGUAUGCAGACCCAGUAGCCGACUUACUGGAUCGCUGGGGUGUGUUCAGGGCAAGGCUAUUUAGAGAGUCCUGUGUUUUCCACCGAGGAAAUUACGUGAAGGAUCUGAGUCGGCUGGGACGUGAGCUGAGUAAAGUUAUUAUAGUGGAUAAUUCUCCUGCAUCUUACAUCUUCCAUCCUGAAAAUGCAGUGCCUGUGCAGUCCUGGUUUGAUGACAUGACAGACACAGAGCUGCUAGAUCUUAUUCCUUUCUUUGAAGGACUAAGCAAAGAGGAAGAAGUUUACAGUAUGCUUCAUAAACUCUGCAACAGGUAGCCCUUAACUUUGACUGACUUCUGCUACUAGAUUGCAGUUGCUAGAGGAUGUCUCCAUCUUUUUCAGCUCUUUCAAAUGUAAGCUUUGGGGAGGUCCCUCCUGUCAGAAGUGCUACUCUUGAUCUUCCUCUUACAUUGGACACGAAGGACAAUCAUGAGUGAUGCUAUUAAGCCUUCAGAAGCCUGACUCCUAAGGUCAUGUGUUCAGACUACUUUUUUAAAGGAAAAAAAAAAAAAAAAGCUAUUUUAAAUGGGACUCUUUUAAUGAAUUUCAUAAAUGGACAUCUUUUACUGGAUCAGCUUUUCUUAAAACAUGCCAAAAAAGAAGCUUGUAUUUCAGCAGUUGAAUUUCUCUCCCUUUCUUCCCCUCCCACUAUGCAGACAAUUUUACCCCCCUGCUUAGAGCAGUUGACCUGACUCUGAAUUUUUUCUUACAGAAUGAAGUGCCUUUUUGAAUGUUAUUUUAAGAUAAAAAUUCAUUUUUGUAUAAGACUUAUUUCCAGACAUCUUUUAGUCUUGUAUUGUCUAAAUGCUUUAAAAGGAAAAAGGAAAAAAAAAAAUUUAUAGAGCACUGUAAUAUAUAACAAAGGAAAAAGUUAAAACAAAGAUGCUGGGUUCCUGUCUCCACGUUGACAUUAAGUUGUAUUACGUUUUGUCAUGCUCAGAAGGUUCAAGCGUUUGUGGGAGGGGCGAUUUGGAUUACACGGUUAUUUCACUGAUACGAUUUUGGAUGCGGUUUUGAACAUAUCUGCAGUUGUUUGAGUAUUAGGGAAUGAUGGAAUUUAGAAAAUAGGGUGACAAAUAGAUCUAAAGCACCUUCUAUUCUAGACAGAUGAAGUUCUAUUGUUUCUGCUUACGCACAACUGCCAUGCCUCUCUUUUUUUUUUUGGAAAAUCAUUAUCUUGGGAGAAUGGGGAGGAGAUCUAUUUAUUAGUUUAAAAUUCUUUUCUUAAAAAGAAACCCAUCUGGGUAAGCUGGAUCUGUAUUGAGCUGUUUGGAGUACUUUUUUCUUUUAAUUGCUGCUACUGUAUACUCACCAAAUGGAGUUGACCAUCGGCUGUUAUACUGUUUUUGCCACUGUGCCUGUGCUAUGAAACAUUUUCUGUAAGCUGCAAACUAGGGCAAUAAAUAAAAUGCAGGCUUCAUAACCCACCCUUACGUAUCAAUCCCAUGGUAUUUGAUAUACCAGAGAACUCAGUUAAAGGUGACGUGCAAAGGAAUUUUUUUUAUCAUUGUGUAGGGUUUUCUGUGUUUGUUUUUUUUUUUCAGUUUAGAUGAAGCCCUCUCCUUUCUUUGGUAUAUAAACAUGGGAAGAGUAUUUUUCCCUUAUCUCUGAUUUGUUUUUCUUCUUUCCCAAGGUGUAAGGUACAGGCUGGGAAGCUAUCACAAGACUUCAUAGAAUGGAAGAAGUUCCUAGCCUAGGCUUUUCUCUAAAGCAGUCCUCUGCUUUGGCGCUAAAUAAACCUCAUCUUUGAAUCUGGAAUUCUGCUUAGCACCUACAUUUCUGUAGGGUCAUUAAUACCCUAGAAAAACACUUAACUACUUUAAGCCUUUUGAAGGAAAAUGCUUUUUUUUUUUUUAAUUUUUUUUUUCCUUUGCAGCGUCACCUUGUAAUUAUUUCCCGCACCAGAAAUCUACAACCACAAAAAUCCCAGCUCUGUUGGGCUGUCAGAAAAGAAAGCCGAUCAGAGCAGUUGGUGCUUCUAAUUAGCCUAGUGCUAAAUUCUCAACAGUAGAUCCCCUUUGCCUUUUGCCUUUUUUUCUUGAAAAGUCUUGACGACUUGGGGUUGGGGGGGAGGGGGGGGGGGUUGCAAUGGACUUGGAUCUUCAUCCUUGUUUUUAGACAACAAAUUGGUGAAGCAGCUUAAGGAAUCCAUUCAUAGAAGGGCAGGCCAGCCGACACAGGCAGUGAGGAGAUAGUCACGGGCGCAGCGUGAGCCUGGAGGACGACUUGCCCCUUGCAGUGCCGCUGUGCCUGGCGGGGAGGGCGAUGGAGGCAGCCCCGGGACACUCGUGAGUCUGUACGGCGUCCCCGUUUUCUUUUUCUUACCAGUUGGCAUUACCUUAGUACUGUAUCAUUCUGUGCCACAACAAAGACAAAACUGACGCUUAAGCAUUAAAAUAAAAAUUAAAAAAAACACCCUACGAUGUUUCAGCAAAGCUGUAUGGAUUCUGGUUAGUCCAUUAACGUUCACUUUCAGUUUAAGAUUGUUUAGUUUUGUAUCUGAAUUCAGAGUAAUGAAACUGUAAGCUGCCAAAAAGUUGUUCUCUGAGCAGUAUUUUCAACUGCGUUCGUAGCUUCUGUGCUGCGAAUGCAGUCUGCAGGGAAGUAUUCAGGUUGUAGUUAGUUGUGCAGGUAUGAUAGGAAUGGCUGAAAAACAAAAAUUCAAAGACUUUCUCGCUAGCAUUAGACCAAACAAUCUUCCACCUAGACAAUAAAUAACCCCGCUGAGGCGUUACCAUUGUACGGUUGUAACCUGUUCCACGUGAGACGAACCAUGGCGUUAGUUCGCAUUUAUGGAAGCAGCGAUUUCAUGAACCAGUUGCCUUAAGUCUGUGAAUGAAUGUUGAUUAUUAAAGUGUCUUGUAUUGUUUUUAAAAUCCACAUAUAAUGGACAACUGAACUUCUGUUCCAGCUUCUGGAUGAACGGUUUUGAUGAUGCUCUGUACGGCCCUACUUGUUUUGUAUUGUUUUUCAGCUCUUGAAAUCCACAAAUUCCCAGAAGGGAAAAAAAAAUGAAUAAAGCAUUAAAACGAUACUUGGUGACGAUACAAAAGGGUAAAACUUCGCAGCAGUUUUAAUCUCAGCUAGUAUCUUAAGGCUAUUUUCUGUAAUUUCUGUUGUAGGGUUUGGUUUUUGUGCUUUUUUUGUUUGUUUUUUUAGCUCUUUCCCAUUGAAAUAAAAGUUGCAGUGUUCUGCAGUCAAGUGUGGGCUUGCCUGGCUAUUCAAAUUUGGGCAAAGGGAUCAAACCAUCAUAUUUUGUUGUACUUACAAAUUCAUGUUUUAAGUUUGUUUGAAUAUACAUGCGCUAUAUAUUUAAAGCAUCCAGAUUUUAACAAAGCAAUAGAGUUCUGUCUGUAAAGCCAGAUCAAGGAGUGGAAUGUUUGUGAAAUUUGCAAUACGGGUAUUUGAUAGUAUUUUAAGUACAAGAUUUAAAAAAUGAAGAUAAGAGACAAAAUAUUUCCUAAACCUCCAGCGUAUUUCAAAGUGCAGUUAAUGCAUGCAGGUCUACAGGGUUUUAUUAACCUUGGCUCUCAGUCACAUUUCUGGUUAUCAGAAGAGCACUAACAAGUCUUUUCCAGUUGAUCAUUCUGUCCAAGAAAAGAAACGCUGCCUGGCCUGAAGUUCUGUUGUCCGUUUUAUGUUGGGUUAAAAAAAGGGUUUUUGCCUGUAUAGGUAUUUUUAAAUUAAGCUGUAAGGCAGAAUGCCUUCGAUUCUUGAAAUUCAACUGAAGUGUUACGAUUAAAUUGCCAUUUGUUAAACUAGGGCUGUGCGCGGGCUAUUUGUUAACCGCCAGGAAGCGCAGCAGGUCUCGAUGGAGGCUCGUAGCAAAUGUACAGUAUUGCUGUGUGCACUUAGGUAGCUUCGGAGGAAUAAUUUGUCUAUUGUUUUGCCCUCUAAUCUUUUUUCAAACAGCAGAGUUAUACACAUGGAAGAGACUCGACACCUGAAGAGAUUGGGUUAUCGGUGUAUGCAAUCACUUUAUCACGGCAUGAUUUUGAUUAGCCUGGUUGGGGACAAUAAAGUAUCGGAAUGACACCGGUGUGUACUGAUGUUGCAGCUUUUGAAAUUUCAGUGUAAAAAAAAAAAAAAAAACAAAAAAAAAACUGUAGCUAUAUGAUUUACAAACACGUAAUCCUAUGUUUUACAGAUUCUUUUUAACUAAUAAAACACAGUACCGCACAGCCCUAUUUGUAAAACGACGACAUGUUUGUGCCUCUGAUUUCCAAGGUGCUGUGAUGUAUGCCUUUGUGGGGCGAGGAGGGCAGGUGAGACGUGCGCGGGGCGAUGGCUUUAAAAAAUCUCUGGGCUAACUAUGCAAAACCAGCUGUCAGUUUUCUGUUUCGCAUUAUAUUGUAAAAAUCCAGCUGACUUUUUCUUUCUUUCUUUCUUGUUAAAGAUCUAUUGGGAACUUCUUAAAAGAGGAGUAAGCAAUGGAAAUGUUUCUUGAUUUUUUUUUUCUAAUAAUGGAGCUGUUUACACUUUAAUGCAAUGAACAAUCCAGCGAUACUUGAGAAACACUACAGAUACCAUUUGAGUGUUUUCAGGAGAGAGAAGUGUUGUCAAUCAGGUAUUGAAUGGUUUCUUUACUGUCACAAAUAAAAAGAUUUUAACAAUAUA